GAGAAGAGAGUGGUUUAACUGUCCCGCUUUGAUAUCUCCGCCCCUCUCUACUAAACUCUUAACGGACUUAUCAAAGCCCUCUCUCUCCGACUUCAAAACCCAACUAUAUUUCAACCCCUCAGAUCUCUCUCCCCCUUCAGUCUCUCACUCGCUCCCAUUCUCUCUCUCGCCUGAAAAAUCCUCAAAAUGCAGUCGUCUCUCACUCUCUCCGUCUCUUCCCACACCUCCCUCACCAUUCCCAGAUCAAACCACGCGUUCGAACCUUCAUCCAAGCCUAUAAACCUCCGUUUCUGCGGCCUCAGGCGAGAGGCCCUGGGGUUCUCUUCGCUCAGACAACGCUCCGAUUCGCACCGAGUCCGCCUCGCCUCGUCGACUCGCGGACGACGCGUCUUCGUCUCGGCGGCCUCGGUUUCCGGUAACGGAAGCCCACCGAAGUCGUUCGAUUACGACCUGCUCAUUAUCGGCGCCGGUGUCGGCGGACACGGAGCUGCUCUCCACGCUGUCGAGAAGGGUCUGAAGACUGCCAUUAUCGAGGGAGAUGUGGUGGGAGGAACAUGUGUAAACAGAGGUUGCGUUCCUUCCAAGGCUCUUCUGGCUGUGAGUGGUCGGAUGCGUGAGCUUCAAAAUGAGCAUCACUUGAAGGCUUUGGGUUUGCAGGUUUCAGCAGCUGGGUAUGAUAGACAAGGAGUGGCUGAUCAUGCAAACAAUCUUGCUACAAAAAUUCGCAGUAGUUUGACGAAUUCUAUGAAUGCACUUGGGGUGGACAUACUGACAGGUUUUGGCACAAUUCUGGGCCCUCAAAAGGUGAAAGUUGGAUCCAACAAAGUAGUAACUGCAAAAGAUAUAAUUAUUGCUACUGGUUCUGUUCCUUUCGUUCCAAAGGGCAUUGAAGUCGAUGGGAAGACUGUAAUUACCAGUGACCAUGCACUCAAGUUGGAAUUUGUUCCUGACUGGAUUGCCAUUGUAGGAAGUGGAUACAUUGGUCUUGAAUUCAGUGAUGUAUACACUGCACUUGGGAGUGAGGUUACUUUUAUCGAAGCUCUAGAUCAGCUCAUGCCUGGAUUUGAUCCCGAGAUUGGGAAGUUAGCCCAAAGGGUUCUAAUAAAUCCACGAAAAAUUGACUAUCAUACAGGAGUAUUUGCAUCCAAGAUAACUCCAGCUAAGGAUGGGAAGCCAGUCAUUAUUGAGCUAAUUGAUGCAAAGACUAAGGAACCUAAAGACGCAUUGGAGGUAGACGCGGCAUUAAUUGCAACUGGAAGGGCUCCAUUCACUGAGGGUCUUGGCUUGGAUAGUAUUAAUGUAGCAACACAACGUGGUUUCAUUCCUGUUGAUGAGCGGAUGCGAGUUAUUGAUUCAAGUGGCAAUCUGGUCCCUCACUUGUAUUGCAUUGGUGAUGCUAAUGGUAAGAUGAUGCUUGCUCAUGCAGCCAGUGCACAAGGAAUUUCAGUGGUUGAACAAGUCACUGGAAGAGAUCAUGUGCUCAAUCAUCUAAGUAUACCUGCAGCUUGUUUCACCCAUCCUGAAAUCAGUAUGGUUGGAUUGACAGAGCCUCAAGCAAGGGAGAAAGCUGAAAAAGAGGGAUUUGAAAUUAGCAUUGCUAAGACAAGUUUUAAGGCUAACACAAAGGCCCUAGCAGAAAAUGAAGGGGAGGGACUUGCUAAGUUGAUAUACAGACCCGACAAUGGAGAGAUACUUGGAGUCCAUAUCUUCGGGUUGCAUGCUGCGGACCUCAUCCAUGAAGCAUCCAAUGCAAUAGCUUUGGGGACACGCAUUCAGGACAUCAAAUUUGCAGUUCAUGCACAUCCAACCUUGUCCGAAGUGCUUGAUGAACUGUUUAAAUCAGCAAAAGUUAAAGCUCAUGCUUCUAGCCCAGGUGUUUCAACGAAUUAUUCGUCUCCAAGCAUCAGAAGAGAUCUGCACAUUCGAGAAAGAAAGAACAUACAAAGGGAACUGCUCAAUUUCUUGGAGGCAGUUGGUGCCAGAAUACGUCCCAUCUUGGCAUCUUGGUAUCCUAGUUUUGUCUUUCUCCUUACCGAUAUACUUUUAACCAUGAUCCUUUAAUUUGGAAAACUUUUUGCACCAAAUUUUGGAUAAUAUAUUACAAGAGGCCUUAUAGUAGUAGUGAGGGUUAUUACUU